AUGGAGCGCUCUUUGACCUCCUCCUACUCGUCAUCCCUCAAGAAAGGCUGCAGCCUGAGCUAUUCAAUGACAGUGGCAGACAGUUACCUUGUUCUGUUGAUGCAGCCAACCCCAUGCGUCUUCGUCCCGCAGUCUUCUGAAUGUGAGAUCGAAGUCGGAAAACAUCGGAAACUGAAUGAUAUGGAGCCAACCCGGUCUCUCAGAGGGUCAUUCGCCGAGGUUGUCAUUUUGAUUGUGAUGUCAACGGCAACACAUGUCUAUAUAUGCGUCUUCUGCGCUCGUCAAGUGUUCUAUACUUGCCCAGUCAACUCAUCGAAUGAUAAUCUAGCCUACUCCCUUUUUGAAGUUGCCGAUGCUCUUCCGCUGACUGGUUCGGGAUGCUAUAUGAUGGUACAAGAAACACCCACAUCGGUUCUUUCAACCCUUCUGUCCUCUCCCCUGGCCAUCCGUACUCUAUUCCGACCGGAAGUAACUCGUGCAGUAUUCCAUUCUACGAGUUUUCGUGGCACGGGACCACCAUCCUCUGACUUCGGACAUCCGGGGGACGUCUAUGUCGACCUCAAUCCACGACUUUAUGCACUUUACUGGCGAGAGCGCCGCCCACACACGCAUCGUGCUGGCUCUUGGACUCGCUGGACGGGAAUCUUGCUCGACCAAGUCCCUCUCUAUCGCUUUCUCACCCCCCACCCGUGGGUCCAAAACCCAGAAGAAUGCGAUAUAUACUUAUGGGUCGAUCCUGGCGGUAUAACUUGGACUACGAAAGACGCGCUUUGCGCAAGUCGCGCGAAGAUGAUUGAAAAGGGGAUUGCUGCAGUCGAUUCCACGACUAUGCCAGAUGUCCAUGCCCUUGUUUCCGAAGUUCUGCAUCGCAUGAUCAGUGCUGAACAGAAGCCGCUCGUGCAACGCUCUUUGACGCCAGUCAUUAACAAUAGAAACCCAGAUCACAAGUCGCCCCUCAUUGGCAACUCGUCUCGGCGCGGCUCCAUCUCUCUCGUCAACUCACAUUCAACAUCAGUGGUGCAGAAUCAACGCCGAAGCUCUAUUCAUCUUCCCUUCCGGCCAACAUCAAAUAACGGGCCGCGUUCUCCCUCAAUUCCCUCCAACCCUCUUUCAUCGCCCUUGGUGUCUCCCCAGGGCCAUGAGGUGUCGUCAACCUCGGAGUACUCUCCGCGACCAGCUGCCAACGUUAGCCCUUAUUCAUCACCUGUCAAUGCUAGUCCAAGGCAGCAUACCCCAGAGAUGAAAGCGUUGAAUGACAUGCGUAGAGCUCAAGAAGCUGAAUUGAAAUCAAAGCAUGAGCUGAAAUCGAAGAACCGAGAACUUUCGAAGCUGAGACAGAAAGAAAAGGAUGUUAUCAGCAUGUCGUACCACUAUCAAAAGCGUGAACGAGAACUGACUAUUGCUCUUGAAGAGGCUGAACAACGAUCAUCAGCAGAGUUGGAAGAAUUGCGGGAAGUACUCGCAAGACUUCAGAGGCAAGCUGACUCUUCCAGACAAGAAAGACAAACCGCUGUUUCCCAGGUUCAACGGACACAAGAUGAGUUGGCUGAAAUACAACGGGAGAUCGCACGCUUGCAAGCUCGGACUGUCUUAACGCGUCCCACUUAG